AUGGACGGGCCGCCCGCUGUCAUCUGGAGAGAAGAGGUCGAGCGUCUGCUGCGGUACGAGGACCUGGUUCCCCGCCUGGAGCAGGCUCUGGGCCUGUUCUCCAGGCGGGACGCGGCCGCCGUGCUCCAGCCGGUGCGCACCGCCGUGCCGCUGAGCAAACACGGAGGGUUCUUCCUGCUGAUGCCAGCCUACAUGGAGCAGGACGGCGUUCUCUGCACGAAGCUAGUCUGUGCCUACAAGAGGGAGGACGAGUCCAGCCUGCCGGCCACUCAGGCCACGGUCAUGCUGCUGGACCCUCUGUACGGGAACGUCAAGGCCGUGAUGGAUGGAGAGGUCAUCACCGCCAUGCGCACCGCUGCAGUCUCAGCCAUCUCCGCCAAGCUCCUGAUGCGUCCCGGAGCAGAGGUCCUGUCCAUCCUGGGGACUGGAAAACAGGCCCGGAGCCACUACGAGGCCUUCACCCAGAUGUUCCCCUUCAGAGAGGUGAGAGUGUGGAGCCACUCUAAAGAGAGAGCGGAGAGCUUUGUGGCCUCUCUCGGCGGAGCGGCGUCGGCCUGCGUCUUGGUGGAGGCGGCGGUGAGCGGAGCGGACGCCAUCGUGACGGCGACCCGGAGCACCGAGCCGCUGCUGCUGGGUCGCUGGGUCAAACCCGGAGCCCACGUGGCCGCGGUGGGAGCCUGCAGGCCGGACUGGAGGGAGCUGGACGACAGGCUGAUGGAGGAGGCCGUGGUCUACGCUGACAGCAGGGAGGCCGCCAUGGUGGAGUCCGGGGACAUCAUCCUCUCCGGGGCCGAGGUGUUCGCGGAGCUCGGAGAAGUUCUUAACGGGACUAAACCUGCCCACAGAGACAAGACAACCGUCUUCAAAUCCCUCGGUCUGGCCGUUGAAGACGCCGUGUCUGCUAAGCUGGUGUUCGACCAAUGGGAAGACAGAACCAGCAGCGUGUGACGCCCCUGACCUUUGAACCCCGCCA